AUGCCGGACGUAAGUCUCAGGAGCGCUUCAUUGUUGCCGUUCAGGUUCUUACUGUCUCCACAGGUCAAACGCUCGAUCAAGAUCAUUACGGAACAGAAGACUAUCCCAGGUGCGGACAGCGGCGUCGCGGGGUUUCCUCUGCGCCACUGGUCGAUGAAAAUUGUUCUACUUCAUGCAGACACGAAACAAGAGAUCGAUGCGGACAUUUUCGAGUCUGUUACAUACCACCUCCACGAGUCUUUCGGCGACAGGGCCAAACAAACCCUCAAGAAGCCGCCGUUCCGCGUCGCCGAGGAUGGCUGGGGAGAGUUUGAACUGGCGAUCGAGUUGAAGGAUCUCAGCGGCAAGUCCCACCACGUUACUCACGACCUGAACUUCUCCAACUCGCGUUAUGAGACCAAGCAAAUCAUCACGUUCAAGAACCCCAAGGGUGCUCUCCUCGACGCGCUUCGAAACUCCGGACCUAUUCCUGGCGAGGCAGCAACGAACGGAGCAGACGUUUCCGGCAAGAAGCGGACCAGUGAGAUCGGCGCUGGCGGUGUACAGAAGAAGAAGAAGGCGGCUGAGAAGGGCAUUGAUAUGGACAAGUUGGCUGAAGGUCUUCAGAAACUCGGUGAAGACGACCUCCUUCAGGUGGUGCAGAUGGUCCACGACAAUAAGAGCGAGGAUUCAUGGAUGAGGAAUGAUGUCGAGCAGGGCGAGUUCCACGUUGAUCUGUACACCCUGCCGGAGAAUCUUAUCAAGAUGCUCUGGGACUUCACCACCGAGAAGAACGCCAUUUCUGGAUCAGCAUAG